AUGGACUGGUCAAGGGAGAACGCACAUCUCGCGUCGGACAAAUCGGUUUCAUCGGCAUCUUGGCCUGAGGAUCCCUGGACCAAGUCGCUAAACGAGCUGAUCCAUGUGCUGCAAGCCCACGAAGCAGACAUCUGCGAUGCAAUUGCAGCUACGCUGGUUCUUGCGCUCACGGCCUCGUUCUUCGUUAAACGGCCACGUGCAACCGGCGCAGUUGUGUGCACCUGGCUUGCUUGGUUUGCCUGGCAGUUGGCGCGUGGCCAUUCUGCGUGGCAAGAGGUCCUGGAACAUGCAGAGGCUGCUGCGAAGAGCACUGCUGGUGCCGUGCGAGCUAACGGGGAGAUGCUGGUGGCGUGGGUGACUCUUGUGCUUCCAGCAGUUCAUGACUUGUGGUGUCUUAUGUGCCCGAUUCUGCUGCAAUUGUUUGAUUUGUUGCAGUGGAUGUGGGAAUCCAUGUCAUGGGAGCAGAGGGGCAUUGUGGCGCUUUGCGGCAUGGGUAUCGGAGGUACUGCCUAUGCAGUCAUGCUUCUCUGGAAAUCACGGUCUUGGCUGAGGCAUAAUUCCCAAGCCUUUCUCAACUCUGCAAAGCAUGUGCUGUUCCACGUUUCUUUCAUCGUGGUGUGUCCCACGGUGUGGUUUGCUGCAAGCUUGUGUUCGUCCGAAGCUGUGCCUGGCAUUGUGUUUUUCUUGUUGGCAACGCUCCUGCCUGUGAUGUGGACAAGUCGUGCUUUGAUCCAGCAUCAUCAUGAGAAGGCUGCAGAUGAGGAAGCCGCUCAGGCACAGAAUUCGGGCGGUUGGCUGCGUAUGGCCAUGCCCCGUUGGCGGGACACAUUCUCACCAUCUGCCGAUCUUGAAGAGGACAUGCGUUAUUUGCUCUCUUACUGGGCUUGUUGGCCGCUUUUAUGUGCAAUUCAGUUCAGCCUGAGCCGGUUACCAGACGAAACCAAGCCCGGUGCAGAGGGACUCUUGAUCGCGCUGACCAUGUGGCUGCAGUUCUGGAGGGGCAGCUUCCUAGCCCCGUAUCUGUUUAAUCUUCUCACGUCACUGCUCAGCCACACGAUUGAGCACAUGGGCAAUGUCCUGGAGGCCGCACGGCAAGCUGUUUGUGCAAUGCUGCAGAGACCCACUUGCAGUUUGCAUCUCCUGUCGCUUUGCCCACAAGAACGUUGGGCGAUGCUGGUGGCAGGCAUCGUGUUGCUUGCCGUUUGCUUGGAAGUGGCCUCCGUUGUAAGCGUACUGAUCACAGUUGGAUUGCUAUUUGGCAUUGCCUUAGAGUCUGCCCGCUGCGUCGCCUCAAACGCCAGGCAGAUGUAUGCCAAUCGCCUAUCUUUCUGGGUGUUGGUGAAUGUUUGGUUCUGGGCUCUAAAGGUUCCCGUGCUUGGUGCAGUGCUGUCACUUUGGUCGCCGGUGAUGUUUGGCUUGGCAUUUGUGGGAGGUGAGACUGCCUUCAGUGCCGUCAUUGGCCUGACUCUCUAUGUACUGGCCCUUCUUGUAGGUGGGUUGAGCAAGUUGUGUGAUCAUUGCACUGCUCAAGCACCCCUGCAAGAAGCCCUUCUCGGGGAUGGCAACGAGGACGAAGUGGACGCAAGUGGGUUAGGAGGAAUCCCCGCAGAGUCCGAUGGCAGUUUGUCAAAGCGGCCCAGCAAGUCCUCAGAGCAAGCUUGGACCGACCAUCCCGAGCUCGCCGAGCUCCCCGAGCAGUCCGCAAGGAUCGAGAUCGAUGAGCCUGAUGAGCCUGAGAUGUCUGAGGAGCUCGAAGUUCUGGAAGCUCAGCGGCUCGAAGAAGGCGAAGCUCCGGGAGUGCCGGACUUUGCAGGCGGAACGCCUAUUGACGACAUGAAUGUGCCGUCAUCGGCCAUUCCUGGUCCCCUUGACGCAGAAACCUCGAAGGGGAGUGGACAAGAAGUGGAUGUCAGCUGCACGAACAAUACGACACCCUCAGCGCCUCAAGUCCCAUCGGACCCAUCCGGCGUGAACGUCCCAUCGGACGUGAAUGUCAUUGAUGCCACCGACGCCGACACGGGCCCUUCGCAAGAACUGCUAGUGGAUCAUGUUGACGAUGCUGCCAAAGAAGACGGCACGGCCGUCGCAGCAAAAACGCAUGAAACUUCGGAGCUGGCCGAUUCCUCUGCCAAUGACGGCAAGGAGAAUCAGACCAGUGAGCACAGUGAGCUGCACACAAGCUGCAGGGACAACACAGACUAUGUUACCAAGCACAAGGGCUUCGUUCCUGGUCCCACCUAUGUGCCUCCACCCUGGCAAAGGAUGGGAAAACCGUUUUGUCCAGAGGGUGGGCGCUUCAUGCUUGAGGCUCACAAGCCUCCGAGCUAUUUCGAUGUGGCUCCAAAGAUUUUCGAUGCCAACCCACCACCUGGUUCGUAUGACGCCAAAGGCUCUGUCGAAGUCAAAGCGGUUGGCCAGCUCGUGUACAGAUACGAGAGUGCCACCUGCUCCGAGACCAAGGCAUUGAUUGCCAAGGCCGGCGCAUUCUAG